UUCGGCGGCAGGUGGCAGGAAAAAGCCGCACGAACCGAUGCUGACGUCAGCCCGGGCCGUGCCAGUCACGUGACCAGUACGGAAGUCAACAAAGCAGACAGGAAUGCGGCCAACAGGCAAAAACAAGAAGUUUGAAAUCUUCUGUGCCGGUUCCAGUGCCGUUUCGUCGUGACCUGAAGGCCGACGCUUAAACUCAACCACAUGUCUUUGGAAGGCCGGCCUCAGGACGCGCUGCGGGGCAGGGCUUUUGCCUUUCGACUGUAGGGGACAAAACAUUAGAUUUAAUCAGCUUCAACAUGCUGAUGUCAGGUUUUCUUAAGAGCGUUAACGUCGUUCUCGUAAUGGCUUACGGAAGUCUGGUGUUUGUUUUGCUGUUCAUCUUUGUCAAGAGACAAAUCAUGCGGCUUGCCAUGAAAUCUCGACAAGGUCCACAUGUGCCCCUGGGCCACAAUGCACCCAAGGAGCUUAAACAAGAAAUUGAUGCAAAGCUGUGCCAGGUUCAGAAAAUCCACUUUGAGCCUCGUCUCUUGUCUGUUCCUGAUGACCGGCUGAACCAGAGAGACCAGUCUGGUUGCUAUGACUACCUGUAUAGGAUGAAAGCGCUGGAUGCCAUCAGGGACACUGAUUUUCCUUUCCGGGAGCUUGGCGGAACGUCCAGUGCUGUGACUGGGAAAAGAUUUCGGACCUGGCUCUUACAGCUCCGAAGCUCCCACUGCGUGUUCAGAGACCAGAACUCUGUCAUAGACGCAGUGUUAGACGGCUACAAUAAAGCCCGUCACGGGGCGGAGGCCUUUGGUGAGGCUGAGUUCUUAAAAUACCAGGAAGCUCUCACUGAACUGGCUUCUAUCGUGAAGUCCUGCGGCGGCGACAACAGCUCUCUCAGCCACCAAUCUGCAGCCAAAGACCUGAGCGGCACGGCGGAGCCCGCGGGCGCUUCCUCCACAUCCCCUACCCAAACCACUUACCUCACAUCUUCAGUACAGCAGCCCACCAAGAGGCCAAGGAACUUUCUGGAGCUGAAAAACUUCAAAGACAACUACAACACACUGGACGGCACACACUGAAUUUAGUUUGAUUUUCCUCAAAAUCAAAAAUCAAGAAAGUAGGGUUGCAAAUGAUCGGAGCCUGUUUGGACGGUGAUGAUCAGAGAUGUUUCAUAGUUGUAGUGGGAGGAAAAUAAGAGAAGAUGAAAACACUGCCUUCAUAUCCUAAUAUGUGCUGCCUGGUUUACAUGUCAGACUACUGGUGCAGCGCUCUGCCUCAGUGUAGCUUGUGGUUCUAAACUGUGUUAUGACAUGAAUGAGUUCUAUGUUGCCUAAAAACAUGACUAAAAUGGAGAGUAAGGUUGAUUUGACCAAAACAAAUUCUCAGCUUUGGGGCUAUGCAAUGACAAAAAGACAAUCAGUAUUUAUUGCACAAAGUUAAAGCCUAUGCAGACGUAUUGAAAUGAACCAACUGUGUGUUAGAGCUAAUGUUUAUGUGUUGGUAGCACAAGCUUCUGUUUUGAACCGUUUUAACACUGAAAGAAAAAAGCAGGUUCUGUCAGCCAUGUUUUUUUCUUUUUCUUGGAUGUGAAUUCAACAGCUUGAUCUUUCGACGCCUUAUGUUACAGAAGCCAUACUUGUUUACAGAGACUGUGAUGAUGAAGUGCACUUUUUUUAUUUGAUCAUUUAUAUCAGUGCAAUUAACAGUGUUUCAGCGCAUCAACAUAUUCUGAAUGUGAGGUACGGCCCGUUAAUGUCUGAGCAGAGUCUGUUUCUUCCAGUCCUAAGGGUUCGCACAGAGGUGUUUUACUGUUUGUGUAUUCUGUGGCGCUUACUGCACGCGUCACCAGAAAACACUGUUACAUGAACUUGAGUUAGUGAAAAAUGCUUUUAUGCACUGUAUAAUCAGCCCAGCAAACCCAGAGUUUAAUAACAGGUGUUCUUAUUUUUUAUAAUUAAAGAAUUGUUGGUUCAGAAUCAUGUUUUAUGACUUCUUCACCCCAAACAAAUUCAUUUUAAACUUCCCAUGAUUGUUUGUCU